AUGGGUGGCCUGGAUAAGAGAAAAGAAGUUAUUGGUAGUGGUGCUCAUAAUGGCGAUGCUGCUAGAGCUAGCGUUAGGGAGAGUCAUUUCAAUGAGGUAGAAUCUGUUAAUGCUACUAGUGUUGAGAGUUUGAGAGAGGACACUGCUCACGGUGGUUCAGUUGCUACCGCUGUGGUUGCUGAAGAAGAAUCGAAUAAUCAAGGGCAAAGAACUGGGUAUCGUGGCUCUAUUCUUGGUCACAAUAUUGUCACUCGUAAUAGAAAAGAAGUGGAAGCUCAUAAUCCAUAUUUUAAACAAAGGACAGAUGCUCUUGGUGUUCUUGGUUUAUCUUACCUUCAAAAGGUAAAUGCAGCUCACAGAAUACUUACAUAUGGUAUUCCUGCAGAUCUUAUUGAUGAAUAUCUUCAAAUUGGAGAAAGCACUGCGAUAGAAAGUCUUAGAGCUUUCGUCAAAGCAAUCUCAUCUAUCUUCACUGCACUUGCUGAAGGUCGUACUGCUCAUGUCAAUUAUAUAAUUAAUAGGCAUGGAUAUACAAUGAGAUACUAUUUAAUAGAUGAGAUUUAUCCUAAUUGGUCAACCUUUGUUAAGACAAUCUCAAGACCAUUAGGAGCAAAGAGAAAAUAUUUUACAAGCAAGCAAGAGUCUGCAAAAAAGGAUGUGGAGCGGGCAUUUGGGGUGCUCCAAUCUUGUUUUGCAAUUGUACGUGGACCUAUUCAAUACUGGGAUGAAGAAACGCUUGCAUAUAUUAUGAAAGCUUGCAUAAUAAUGCAUAAUAUGAUUAUUGAGGAUGAAGGAGCAAUGAACCUUGGAUUUGACCAUGAGCACGAAGUCAAUUCCUUUAUAUCAGUGUCACAUGGUGAAAUACCAGAACUACAUGAUUUUCUUCAAACUCAUAAUCGAAUUAGGGAUAGAGCAACUAGCUCUCAACUACAAGAAGAUUUGAUCGAACAUUUGUGGGAACAAUAUGACAACGAGUAG